AGGCGAGAGAGCGCCGGAGAUCCACCAGCGAGUGUAUCCGCUCCAGUCCCCGCUGACUCUGGCAGUGAAACACAUACAUACAACGCGCCCCCCCCCCCCCCUCCACACACACACACACAUUGGGGGCUGAGAUGUGACUGUCAACCAGAGGAAUACAGCCUGUUUCUGUGGGAUUUUUUUUUUUGGUACCGUCAGCCGGCUAAUGAGAGAGGACAGCCGGGGAGUGAUUUUGGCCAUGCGGGCCACUUGGGUUGCGGUGUUUCUCUGUGUGAUUACUUCGGUGUGCGCAGUGGAGGAGACAGUGAUGGAUACAAGGACAGCGACAGCUGAGCUUGGCUGGAUAUCGUUCCCUGCCAACGGAUGGGAGGAGGUGAGCGGCUAUGAUGAGAACCUCAACACCAUCAGGACGUACCAGGUGUGCAACGUGUUUGAGCCCAGCCAGAACAACUGGCUCCUCACGACUUACAUCGAUCGGCGGGCGGCGCAACGCAUCUACGUGGAGAUCCGCUUCACCGUACGCGACUGCGCCUCCAUCCCCAGCGUCUUGGGCUCCUGCAAAGAGACGUUCAACCUGUACUACCUGGAGACUGAAAGGGCCGUGUCAGCGGGCAUCAAAGGGGUGGAGUACUGGGCCAAUGCCCCUUUUCUUAAGGUGGACACCAUCGCAGCAGAUGAGAGUUUCUCCCAGGUUGAUUUCGGGGGAAGGCUAAUGAAGGUGAACACAGAAGUGCGGAGUUUCGGGCCACUGUCCAAAGGCAAAGGCUUCCACUUGGCCUUCCAGGAUCUCGGUGCUUGCAUGUCCCUGCUGGCUGUCAGAGUAUUCUACAAGAAAUGCCCCAGUGUGGUGCAGAACUUUGCUUUUUUCCCAGAGACACUGACUGGAGCAGAGUCCACUUCAUUAGUCAUCGCUAGAGGAAACUGUAUCCCCAACGCUGAGGAGGUAGACGUGCCCAUAAAGCUCUACUGCAACGGAGACGGAGAGUGGAUGGUACCCAUCGGCAGCUGCAGCUGCAGAGCGGGUUAUGAACCAGACAAUGGCAACGUGUGCCGAGCUUGCCCUCAGGGCACCUUUAAGUCGUUCCAGGGGGUAGGAUUGUGUCAGCAAUGUCCGCUCAACAGUCGCUCUACCAUCGAGGCCGCCACAAUCUGCGGUUGUCGCAGCGGCUAUUACCGCGGAGACAUGGACAAACCGGAGGACGUGUGCACCAGUGUCCCUUCAGCGCCUCGCAAUGUGGUCUCAGUCGUCAACCAGACAUCGGUGCAGCUGGAGUGGCACCCACCACGGGACAUCGGGCACCGCGACGACCUGUCGUAUAACGUCGUGUGCCGCCGGUGCCACAGCAGCGAGCGCCGGGCGUGUCAGCCAUGUGACGACAGCGUGGCCUUCGUUUCGGGCAAGCAAGGGUUAAAGGAAACGAGCGUGGCGAUCAGCAAGUUGCGCGCCCACACAUCGUACACCUUCGAAAUACAGGCAGUCAACGGAGUCUCCAACAAGAACCCUUAUCCUGCCCAGCAACUGUCAAUCAACAUUACAACCAAUCAGGCCGCUCCCUCACUAGUUCCCAUAAUGCACCAAGUGAGCUCAACGAGCCGCAGUUUCUCGUUGUCAUGGCCACCGCCCGAGCAGCCCAACGGAAUUAUCCUCGACUACGAGAUACGAUACUGUGACAAGUCCCUGUCGUCAGUGCAGAACAGUUCAGUGGUCCUGAGCAAAACACCCAAUGUUGUUCUGGAGGGUCUGAGGCCGGGGACCGGCUACAUGGUCCAGGUGAGAGCCCGCACUGUGGCCGGCUACGGAUCCUACAGCAAGGAAAUGCUCUUCCAAACGCUCACCGACGAUGAGUAUAAGUCAGAGCUGGGACAGCAGCUCUCCCUGAUUGCAGGCUCUUUAGUGGGUGGAGUGUGUAUCGUCUCAUUGGUAGCUAUCGCCAUCAUCUGUACCAGAAGAAGGCAGUGUAAGGAGAGUGUGUACGGUGACAAGCUGCAGCAGUACAACGCAGGAGGAGAGGUGACUCUGAGGCCUGACAUGUUCAGUGGUCCCACCCCCACGGUGACCUUUCCCACGAUGUCUGAAGGCCAUAGUUCACCGGGGGUCAAGAUCUACAUCGACCCCUUCACUUACGAGGACCCCAACGAGGCUGUUCGGGAGUUUGCCAAGGAAAUCGACCCCUCCUGUGUCAAAAUAGAGGAGGUCAUUGGAUCAGGUGAGUUUGGGGAGGUGUACAGAGGUCGCCUGAAGCCUGCUGGGAAAAAAGAAAUUCCUGUGGCCAUCAAGACCCUGAAGAUUGGUUACUCUGAGAGGCAGAGGAGGGACUUCCUGUCCGAGGCGUCAAUCAUGGGCCAGUUUGACCAACCAAACAUCAUCAGACUGGAGGGCGUCGUCACCAAGAGCAGGCCUACGAUGAUCAUCACAGAAUUCAUGGAGAAUGGAGCACUUGACUCGUUUCUCAGGCAAAAUGACGGGCAGUUUCCAGUGAUCCAGCUGGUUGGUAUGCUGAGGGGCAUCGCGUCUGGAAUGAGGUACCUUGCGGAAAUGAGUUAUGUUCACCGGGACCUGGCUGCUCGGAACAUCCUGGUCAACAGUAACUUGGUGUGUAAGGUGUCUGACUUUGGAUUAUCCCGGUAUCUGGAGGAGGACACCUCUGACCCCACCUACACCAGCUCACUGGGUGGUAAAAUCCCAGUGCGGUGGACGGCUCCAGAGGCCAUCGCCUACAGGAAGUUUACGUCGGCCUCAGAUGUCUGGAGUUAUGGCAUCGUGACCUGGGAGGUGAUGUCAUAUGGAGAGAGGCCUUACUGGGACAUGAGCAACCAAGAUGUGAUUAAUGCCAUCGAGCAGGACUUCAGGCUGCCAGCUCCCAUGGACUGUCCGGUAGUGCUGCACCAGCUGAUGCUGGACUGCUGGCAGAAAGACAGGAAUGCACGGCCCAAAUUCGCCGAUAUUGUCAGCAUGUUGGACAAAAUGAUACGGAACCCUGCAUCUCUCAAAGCCGGCACCAACAUCGUCGCCCCCGGUCCUUCCCAUCAUCCCUUGUUAGACCGUGGGGCUCCAGACUUGAGCAGGGUGAGCUCUGUGGAAGACUGGCUGGCUGCGUUGAAGAUGACCCAGUAUCGAGACUCCUUCCUGGGCUCAGGCUUCACUUCUUUGCCGCUCGUCACACAAAUCACAGCCGAAGAUCUUCAGAGGAUUGGAGUGUCUCUAGCUGGACACCAGAAGAAAAUCCUGACCAGUGUUCAAUCGAUGAGGCACAACAUCGAUGACCAGUCUCCGACUGAAUCUGUGUAACUACAGAGGGGAGUGACACAGUAUGAAAUAUUUGACAAGUGUACAGUCCGAACGAGCAGGCUGUCACCUUUACACUUCGGUUUUACCCUCAUACACCCUGUGGCCAUUUGUGUGUCUGCGUGGCCUCAGCAGUCACCGGGUCAUCCUUCAGUCAUUGGACAGACUUCUUUCACAACAUUUAGCAAAUUGAUUUGAACUAAAUGCCUCUUGGAGGGAAUUCAAUGCAGAGUUCGUGCAUGAGGAAUAACAAGGCAGACAUGAUGUGUCUGGUCUUACAAUCCCUCUCCCCUAAAAUCUCCCCGCAAGAUAACUUCCAUCUUUGAAUUCAGACCAGUUUUCAACAGCCCGGUUUUUAUUUAAGGAUAAAUUACACAAACAUGCUACUGUGAAGAGGAAACUGACUGAACAGACAGUUAUAUGAAGGGACACAAACUGGACUACAAGCUCGACAAAAGGUGAUUUAAAACCGUGAUUCUGGAGACCCAUCGCAGGCUUUGCUGUUAUCUCCGGUAUGUUUUUGUUGAGACUGAAUUGCUAACAUCUGAAUCCAGAUAAGAGCCAACAGUUAAAUGGGACUUUGUGAAUCCAUCUUCAUAUUGAAGAGUCUGUACAUAUUAUGAUAUGGGAUGUUUAUUUCCUAUUUGCUUUCACUUUUUGCCAACAACGUCGGACAUGUUAAUUGCCACUGGAGUAUUGUGUGAGUUCUCUAUGAUUAUCUUCCUCUGAUUCAUCACUGGAGCAAACUUUUAAGUGCUGUGGACUGCAGACAAAAUAGAUAGAAACAAAUAGGUUUAAUAGUACUAUUUUUUUGUACUUUCCAUGCAACAAAAGGAAAAGAUAAACUCCUCCAUGCAGAGAGCUGGAAAAGCUUGGCCUACUUAAAAUAAUUAAUUCAGAAGUUACUCAUAAUGGAUGAAGUUUAACAAUCAGAGUAAAGGCAAUUACAGACCAGGAAGAGGAAACAAAAUCAGGUAAAGGUAUAUGAAACCAUUGCAGUGUAAUUAGUCUUUUUUUCCAAGUUAUAAAGCAACUGCAGACAUGAAAGUAAAGAGGAAAAAGGAAAAACAUGUUAAGAGAAUGUAGAUAGUGAGUCGUUACUCGCUGCUGAGACACAAAUGUUGUGAACACACGAAGGCAGAAAAAGGUAUACUCAUCCAAUGUUCUUGUGAUUUGGCUGCAAAUCCUAAAGCUGACUGCCAGUCAGGCAUUAAUACAACGCAUGAACAAACCAGGAAUCCAAUGCUCGUGUUCUGUGUCCACGCAUGAAACAAAUAUCAUUUCUGUCAAAACUGGCUGCUGAAUAUGUCAUCGUUCUCGGAGUCUGUUUUGACAGACGCGUCUCCUCCCGAUUGACAUCAGUGAUUAACACUGUUGUCAGUUUGCAGAUGGAAUGACAUGAAGUGACCUAUCCACGUUCGCACAUCUGUGGAGAGCAGCCUUUUCAAUGGGGUGCUUACGCAACACCCAUUUACAAGCAACAAAGACUGAUUUCUCAGACAUGGCAGAGACAUUAUCUAACAAGCAAAGAUAGAGAAAUACAAAAUGCUGGCGGUGGGGGGGAUCUCACUCUGAUCUCACUCUGGGGGGCACACUGGUGGAGAAGCGCUGAGAGAUCUCUUUUAUCUCAGCGCCGGGCUGAUUACCAGUUGUGAAACAACAGCAGGCCCGCUCUGCCUUUAGCCCAAACCUUUGGUCAUGCGUGUGCCCCCACAUGCCAAGGAUUACAAGUCUGCAGCCCUGCAUUGUAUUUCGUGACUUUAUUUGUCACCCCCGUGGAGCCGUGCUCACAAUAACAGAAGCGACAGUAUUUAGUUGUUUGCUUUCAACACGUUUUACUGCUGGCAUGUCCUACAGGACGAUGUGUUUGCGUUUGUCUCGCACCACUGCUCUCCACUGCUGGGAUGGCCCAAACUCUUUUAUUUAUGAACGUUGUGAUAUUGAGAAAAACCUCCAAACAUUUCAUUUUUUCCACUGUUUUGUAAAAACUGGCCGGAAUUGCAUUUGUUGCCCGGGAACGAUAGCUUAUUGGACCUGUGUUCAGAGAGUAUUGAGAUCAACUGGGGUGGUGUAAGUGGUUUAGAGGCAUAAUUCGUUGUAAAUAGAUGUCUGUGGAAAAAAUGUUUCAGCGCUGGCUCGGGGGUUUUAACAAAGAGUGAGACAACGUGUGCGCCUAAAAGCUCAUAUUGAACACCAUCUAAUAAAUGUCAUGCAGGUAAAAAAAAAAAAAAAGCGAUCAACCCAGAGAGGCUUCUUAAUACAUUAAGUAACUUGAAGCUACAUAUGAUGUGUCAAUCCUUUGCUUCAUGUUUUUUUUCUUCUUUCUAACGAGAUUAGAUGUGAGCUACAAGAUGUAAGCUUUCAGAGGCUUUUUACGUCUUCCCGUGUCAGUGUUUGUGAAAAGACAAUGGAGGACGUCUUGUAUUUAUACUAUGACGCAUCGGUUUGAGCAGAAAUAUACACCACAGAGAGGAUAUCUCAGGAACACGACUGAUGUGAGUGAAGUCCGCAUUGCUGCAUAAAAUGGGGGUCGUUUAUUGUUUAAUCGUGCACUACAUGAAAAGGUUAAAACACGAUGAAGUGCUUUAAGAGUUCAUGGAGAAAACUGUGUUUGGUGUUAGUUUACUGAACUGCUUAUUGAAAGUAAAAUCCACCCAGAAUCAAGCCCCUACAAGAGGGGAACAUUUGACUAAAUCCUUUGAGAGGUUUCUAUUUGUGUGUGCGGACAAGACACUUACACAAAGAAACAAAGAGAUACACUGUUGGGCAAUGCACAUUAGUUAGAGUUAAUACACUUUCUGGUUAUGUCAGUGCUGAAUCUCUGGGCACAUUUUCUAGUUCAAGGCUAAAGCUUCCAGUGAAAGUCCAUUCUUUGUUGUUUUUUAAAAACUAUUUUACAGACAUAUCUUGCGCUAAUUUACUGCAGAUUUUUUUUAAAUCCAAUAUUUACCUAAGACAUUAGCUGUGUCCUAAUUCCAUACCACAGUACAUACUGAAAUCUUAGCAGGUUUUUCUAUAGAUGGAGUAGUGCAGUCACACUGAAAACGUGUAUUAGCUCAAAAAAAGACCUUGAUUUGUGAGCUGUUAAUGGAUAUUUGACAUUUGAAAGUUACAGUUUUACUGGCAUGCAUCUAUUUAGUGUUGCUCACCAAAACUUAUUGUUUAAAUCCUUGAUUUCUAACAAGCAUGUUGAAUGUAAUUCUUUCCUUAUAAAACACAGUAGGUUUGUUUGUUUGUUUACUUGCCACGCAGUCUUCUUCUACUACUUCUUCUUCUUAUUCUUCUUCUUCUUCUUCUUAACCUUUUGCUGGUGUAUUAAUGUGAAAACAUUAGAACGAAUGUGAAUCACGUCACCCAUGUGCAUGUGAAGAAAGAACCACCACUCAUACAAACAUAAAUCCAUAGUGCUACUAGUGGUUUUUGACCACCAAUGUGAUUCAAGACACUUUAAAUUGCACUGAUCACAAUCUGUUUUGGUUUUACUGGGCUACUUGCAGAUCAACUGGCCUCCUCCAGUCAAGAAGGAGGUGGUAACGAAUCUGAAGCUGUUUAGUAACUGCCAACAGCUGGAAGAAGAACUUUUGCACUUCAGCCAGUUAGUUACAACAACAGUUAAGCUGGUGAUAGCUAACAACCAUCCAAACCCUAAUGAGUGAGACAACCUCUUUCUCCAGAGUUGGUUUGAACAAUCUCAUUCCAAUCUUUCUUAGAUGGUUCUCGGACGCAUUUACACUCAGCUGUUUUGAGAUCGGACACAGCGGUGGAACUUGGGUCAUUGUCUUUUGGAAAAUGAAUAAGCCUUUAAAUUGCAAACCAGAGGCACCGAAAUUGCUCCUCCCACUUCACAUCCCUAUAUAGUAUCGGUUUGGGACACAGCUACUGCAUUGUUUUAGGUGGGUUACUCCUUUUAAAGGAAAGAUCCACCUAUGAAUAUCCUUUAAGGUUUCUCUAUUUGUAAUACGUGGUGUUCAUUUGGACAUCAUUUUGUUAUGAUGUGUUGCAUGUUACUUUAGUGUUGUGUGGGAACUUGCUGCUCUGAAAAAAGGUUGGCCUAUAUAUCUGUGACCACAGUCUCUCUCCUCUGCAAAAACUCAUGCAUUCUAGUCUGCUGGGAUUACUGUCAAUGGGGACGACUAUGAUGAAUUUCUUAUUGUUGAAUGCGGUGCAAAUAGCAGCUGCACACAAAAGCCCUCGCUUGGGACUGACACCAAAACCUGACAUUUAGUGCAGAUGUGUUAGAUAGAGAACUCCAUUCAGACUCCACUGUAACUGUGAUGAAAAUAUAUCAACAUGAUGUCCCAUUUUCUUUUUGGCCAAUCAACCACUCUAACGGGAUAAAUAUACCAAUAUACAAGGAAAUAGGCCCAGAAAUGAAAGGUGCGUCUCCAGAAGGACCUGCUUUAGGGUGGAUUUAUCUUUUAAUUGCAGUUUCUCUUUUCUGAAAGCUGGACGGACUCAGCUGCUUCUCUCUUUUCCCGUUUCUCUGGUUUAAUAGAUACUGUAGGUGAGGUUGGAGAUGAGAGGAGAAAAAGCGAAAGGGAAUAGGUAAUAGAAGGAGCCAGAGGAGAAGGAAAGAAGAGAGAAAAUAGGAGGGGAUGGGCGAGAGGCAAAGCUUGACACUGGUGUUUGAAUAAAAAUGAGCCUGGGUGUGGAGAGAUUACUCUUU